AUGGAGAAGCUCGAGCGAUUCUUGUCGCGGCCAACAGCGAAGCCAUACAAGACGCGCGAUAUAGAAGCUUCCGAGGAAGUCCACCUCAACGAUGAAGGCCUUCUUGAGUUCGGCCCCGACGACAUCGAGAAUCCCAAAAAUUGGUCCACCGCACGAAGAUGGUAUAUCACCGUAGUGUCGGUUACGCUAGUUGUGAACGCCACGUUCGCGUCGUCCAGCCCAUCUGGCACGCUUGAGUCUCUAUCAACAGACUUACACGUCUCUACCGAGGCUGGGGGGCUCGUCAUUACUCUGUUCCUCCUUGGGUACUGCGCUGGUCCGCUUAUCUUCGCCCCACUUUCCGAAUUCUUUGGUCGCAGAUACAUCUUCUACGUCACAUUUACCCUUUACCUGGCCUUCAACUUCCUAUGCGCUUUCACGCCUAACUUCGGCGGGCUCCUAGUUGGCCGAUUCUUGACGGGGACGUUUGCGAGUGCCCCUCUUUCCAAUGCACCAGGUGUAUUGGCGGACAUCUGGGGACCACUGGAGCGUGGAAAUGCAAUGGCUGCCUUCUCGAUGAUGACUUUCAUCGGUCCAUCACUUGGACCCGUCAUAUCAGGCUUCCUGGAAUUGAAGAGAGACUGGAGAUGGUGCUUCUACGUCCUUCUUUGGCUGGGCGGCGUUACCGAGUUACUAAUGUUCACGAUCCCAGAGACAUUGCCAUCAAUCGUGCUCCGCAACAAAGCCAAGCGCAUAAGAGCUCUGAAGAUUCCUGGAUAUGAAGAGGUCAAGGCACCAGUCGAAGUGACGGAUAGAACGCUUGCAGGCAUGUUCCAUGUUGCUCUCACGCGACCGUGGAAGAUCCUCAUCGACCCCAUCUCCUUCGCGGUCGCCAUCUAUCUCGCAGUCGUGUAUGCCCUACUGUACAUGCUCUUCACCAUCUAUCCCAUUGUUUUCCAACAACGUCGGGGUUGGAACUCUGGCGUUGGCGAGCUACCGCUCAUUGGCUCUGCUCUUGGUGCCGCCAUCGGUGGGGCUAUCAUCUUUGCCAACACAGCUAGGGACAGAAAGAAGGCAGAAGCCGGCUACAAAGCCACACCAGAAGAUCGUCUUCCUGUGGCGAUGCUCGGCGGCGUCAUGUUCCCCAUCACUAUGUUCUGGUUCGCGUGGUCUGCAGAGUACAACAGCGUUCACUGGGUCGUUCCCACGCUCGCUGGUGUCUUCCUCUCGACAUCCAUCCUCCUUAUCUUCGUCGCAUACCUCAACUAUCUCACAGAUACGUACCUCAUGUACGCUGCAAGUGCGUUAGCAGCGAACACGGUCGUGCGCUCGGCCGCAGGUGCUGCCGCGCCUUUGUUCACGCAGUACAUGUUUGACGCUCUUGGUGUGGGUGGUGGCGGUUCUCUCAUUGCUGGAGUUGCUUGCUUGCUUGCGCCUAUUCCAUUCAUCUUCUAUAAGUAUGGCGGGCCGAUUAGGGAACGGUCGAAGUUUGCGCCUACUCCGUCGAAAACGCCCGAGCCGAAUGCUUCUAAGCCUUAG